CGUAGCUGCAGUUGAUGUAAAAUGGCGACGAUCGCAUUUUAGUCAAAACAGAACUGACGAGCUUAAAAAAAGAGGUCACACACAAAGGAAAUUUCUGAUUUUACGAAAGGAGUAUAAGCAACAGUUUUAUUUGUCGGGUCUCAUCAAGGUUCAGUCAUGACCGAGCAGCCCAGUGGUAACUCGGAGGGGAUCGUGGGCCUGGAUGAGCCCAAAAAGAUGACCAGGGAGGACUGGAGGAAGAAGAAAGAGCUGGAGGAGCAGAGAAAGCUGGGAAAUGCUCCAGCUGAGGUGGACGAGGAGGGGAAGGACAUAAACCCUCACAUCCCACAGUAUAUUUCAUCAGUGCCGUGGUACAUCGACCCAUCCAAGAGACCCACACUGAAGCAUCAAAGACCACAGACUGAAAACCAUAGGGAGUACUCGGCAAUCGGCGAGUGGUACAAGAGAGGCGUGCAGGAGAAUACAGUUGCCACUAAAUACCGUAAGGGAGCUUGUGAAAACUGUGGUGCCAUGACACACAAGAAGAAAGACUGCUUGGAGCGACCCAGAAAAGUUGGUGCCAAGUUCACAGGAACAGGGAUUGCUCCGGAUGAACACAGUCAGAUCCAGCUCACCAUGGAUUAUGAUGGAAAACGGGAUCGCUGGAAUGGCUAUGACCCUGAGGAACAUCAGCGUAUUGUUGAGGAGUACGCCAAAGUAGAUCUGGCCAAAAGGACACUGAAAGCACAGAAACUUCAGGAUGAGUUAGCCUCAGGAAAACUGGACCAGACUGAGCGGGAACAUGAGAGUGAAGAUGAGGAUGAAGACAAAUAUGCAGAUGACAUCGAUAUGCCCGGUCAGAACUUUGACUCCAAGAGACGAAUCACUGUCAGGAAUCUGCGCAUCAGAGAAGACACAGCUAAAUAUUUGAGAAAUCUGGACCCAAAUUCAGCGUACUACGAUCCAAAGACUCGAGCUAUGAGAGAGAACCCGUACUCCAACACUGGCAAGAACCCUGAUGAAGUGGGGUAUGCUGGAGACAACUUUGCUCGCUAUUCUGGGGACACAAUUUCCAUGGCUCAGACACAGUUGUUUGCCUGGGAGGCUUAUGAGAGAGGGUCCGAGGUGCAUCUGCAGGCUGACCCCACCAAACUGGAGCUGCUGCAUCGCUCCUUCAAGGUCAAGAAGGAGGACUUCAAAGAGGAACAGAGGGAGAGCAUCCUGGAGAAGUAUGGAGGCCAAGAGCACUUGGAUGCACCGCCACGGGAGUUGCUGUUGGCCCAGACAGAGGACUACGUGGAGUAUUCUCGUCACGGCGCUGUGCUGAAGGGACUCGAAAAGGCCGUUGCUCGCUCCAAAUAUGAGGAGGACGUGCUCAUCAACAACCACACUUGUAUUUGGGGCUCCUACUGGAAAGACGGCUGCUGGGGGUACAAGUGCUGCCACUCCAUGGUCAAACAGAGUUACUGCACAGGAACGACUGGAAUUGGACUCAACAACUCAGACUGCACUCCGUUUGAAGAGGCAGUAACUGAGCCAAAGGAGGAGGAAGAGCCCAAAUCUCUGCUGGAAAUGCAUCGAGAUAAGAUGAAAGAGAAGAAGAAGAAGAAGAAGAACAAAAAGAACAAGAAGCGCGACUCUGACAGCAGCGACUCGGAGGAUGAGGAGAAGAAGAAGGAAAAGCUGAAGAAGGCUCUAGAGGCAGAGGACAAGCGGGUGAAGCAAGUAGAGGUGCUGAUGCAGCUGGAUGAGAGGAAGAGGCCGUACAACAGCUUGUAUGAAGUAAAGGCACCCACUGAGGAGGAGAUGGAGGCCUUCCGCAUGAAACGCAGCAGGCCAGAUGAUCCCAUGGCUUCCUUCUUGGGACAGUGACCUCUUUAGUCCCUGCAGAUUCCCCUAAACUCUCCCCAAGGACUCUGCUCGAGCAGCUGCUCUGUAAAAGAUAAAGUCUCAGAUUGACUAAGGUUGGCUGAUGAAGCAGGUUUGUUUUUCAGUGAGAAAUGGAAGAGAAACUGUGUACAGUGUUUUGUAAAAUAAAACUGUAGAAAAAAAAAACAAAAAAGUGUUUUAAUUCAGUGGAAAACAUGUAAAAGCUUUAAAAACACUUCUGUCAGAUUCAGUCUUUACAGAGAACACGAGUAAUGUAACUGUGUGCUUUUUAUAAUAAAAUUAAUUUUCCUGAA